AGCUUGACCUCUGUCCGUUUGUUUCCUCUGACUAUUUUGGCGUCGCCUUCAACUUACUGUAGUUAAAUAUGAUUUUUAAUCUUCGAUUUUCGCGAAAUGUAAUUUCCAUGUUCUGUUUGUGGUUGGACCCGUGAAUGUGACGUUUCCCAGUCGCUAAACCAUGACAGCGACUCACAAUCAGAGUGACCGAAGUACUUCUUUUGGACAGGCUGAAUUUAGUCAAGAAGAGCAUGCAGCCAUACAAGCCGCCCUGAGACAGAAGUUGGGGCCAGAGUUCAUCAGUCAGAGGUCAGGGGCUGGUGGCCAGAAGCUUGCCUACAUCGAAGGAUGGCGCCUGAUUUCACUGGCCAACGAGAUGUUUGGGUUCAACGGUUGGUCGCAUUCUGUCACACAUCAGAACAUCGACUUUGUGGACCAGGCGGGAUCCAAGUACUUUGUCGGUGUCAGUGCCUUCGUCAAGGUCCAGCUCAAGGACGGCGUAUUCCAUGAAGACAUUGGCUAUGGCGUGAGUGAGGGGAUGCGGUCCAAGGCACUGUCCAUUGAGAAGGCCAGGAAAGAGGCGGUGACAGACGGCCUGAAGAGGGCACUCAAGAGUUUUGGCAAUGGUCUCGGAAACUGUCUCAACGAUAAAAAUUACCUCAGAUGCAUCGGAAGAGCUCCUAAACCACCAGAAGAGACACUCAAUGUCACCGACAUGAAGAGAGGGAUGGUCGACUCGAAGAUCUUGGAAGCCCGCUACCAGCCCCAAACCAAACACCAAGGGUGCCCCGAGGGUCGUUGGGGCCCACAGGAGAAGCAGUGUCGGCAAACAGCCGCCAAACCGAUCCUUGGUGAAACAGAACCAAUCCAGGCCAGACUUCUCCCCGGUGGCACCAAUGCCGCAGGCAGUGGCCCCACUGCAUUUUUUGCAGUGCCUCAGGAGAGGCCCUGCCCGCCCCACACCCCUCCUCCCAAAUGUGUAGCCCCUGCUGCCAUGCCAUCAAAGCCGCAUGGACAGAAUCAUCCCUUCCCACCUGGCAGUCUUCAUCAGGAUGCCAAACCGAAACAAGAAGUACCUUCCUCUGCCUCCCAUCACAGCAUCCCAGCCCGGAUGCCCAGUCCCAAGAAUAAAUUUGCCACCCCGAGUAAGCCCCAAGUUGAGAUCCCAACAACCCCGGUGAACGAAGCACCGUUAACCCUCAGACAGGUCACAGUUAAGACUGAGCCUUUUCCAGCACCGGCUCCUCCCGGCACUCUGAGUGAGCAGAGAGUUGAGUCAGUCGCUCAGAAACAAAUCAACCUUGUGUGUCAAACUGACAAGAAAGUUUGCGUGGAAGCAAUGGACACUAAUGCCGUGACAGCAGACGUUCACUGCGUUUCCCCAGAAGCAGUGAUGUCUGCCGCUGUAGACGUGCCAACACCACCUGAUGGUCUGUCUAGCACAGAACCUACCCCUGAACAACAGCUGCGGCAGCGCAAGCUGCGCCAGCAGCAGAAGCAACGGGAGUUCAGGGAGCAGCUUCUCCGCAAGCAGCAACAGCAGCAGGCGGAGCAACCACACCAGGUUGCGCAGCCGCAGGAGCAGGUAGAAGGGCACAACACGGCCAGGCAGCACCCAGGAAUGGCGGACCACCAGGAAGAGAAUCUGGCAGUGCCAAGUGCUGAAGAUCCAUUAUUUCCCAUGGCAACGUCCACUCCGCUGGACACAGUGCUACUGACCACUGCAGGCAGUGCCAUGUCUUGCCCCAAUGGGGCUCAGUCGCCAGCAACCGCCCAGACCCACUUCACCGAGAUAGAACAAAUUCUCCUUGCAGACGAUGACCCUGAAUUCUGGAUUGCCUCCCAAGUUGCUGUCCCAGAAACUGACAAGCCUCCAAUGCAUCCACCCCCAAACACUAGCCCCGCCCCCUCCAAGCAGCAACACCACGGUGCUGCGAAGCACAGAACCCCAAGAUGCUCCCCCCACAGCCACCAACCCCGGAGGUCUCCCAGGGGAACGGCCAAUCAGACCCCGAGAGGGACCUCUGCACAUGACCACACCAGAAAGUUGGCCAAUCAGCCGGGUAGGGUGGCCGUGCCAGCCAAUAGAAGGCCGGGAGGCACGGAUGGGCCUGCCGGGGGCGCAUCGUGGGGCCACAGGGAUGGAGGAAGAGAGAGCGGGCGACAGGGCAACGAGCAUAAUUCUGUGAAAAGACGAAGGAUGGAAUCCCUGUAACCAGUCAGGUGAUGCAAGAUGGCCGAAUCCCUCAACCUCUCGAUCCAGCCGUUCCCUCACAAAGAUUCAUCUCAGUCUGCUUAUUUCAAGUCCAAACAUUUCUGUUGAAUCUCUUCAUAAAUGCUGGACUAGAGGAAUGUGCUUCCGCAACCGAAAAUUUGACAUAUUUUCUCCCUUGACAUAAUCCAAACUGUACACUUCAUGCAACACAGUUUGAAUGCAGAUACCUUGGUAGUACUAAGAGCAAAUCAAAAUGAUAAUUUUCCAUUGGAUAAAAGCCUUAAUUUAAAGAUUAUUCAAUCUUACCAAUUAAUGAUAUUAAUAAUAAUUUUAGCAAUCUGUCAAGAUUAGUAACACAAAAGUUUAGAAACUGCAGCAAAAAAAAUUUUUGUAGCAAUAUUGGUCCUAGUGCUUUUCAACUAAGUUUUGAUAUUGUGAUUUUUUUUUCUAUUCUUUGCCAAUAAACUUGCAAGUGGUGCCACCACAUAGUACUUUUAAGAAAAACAAAUUUUAAGUCUAAUUCUUGAAUUUUGUUUUUGUUAGCUUUAGGGUUUUUUAGAAAGGAUUUUGGAUUUUCAUAAUCAUUUUGCAUUUUUUGGAAAAACCUGAACACUUUUCUCUUCAAUGACCGUGGGCAUACAUGUACACGUAGAAUGAAAGUAAAUAGGGAACUGACAAAAACUUAUUUAUCUUGCCAAAUAAUCUGCCCUUUUUAAUGCAAAAAGACUGCACAGAAAUGAAAUCUGUGCAUCGAGUGCAUAUAACCCAUGACCAUGAAUGGAGCACGCCAUCAAACCUUUCACUGAAAACAACUUAAUACAUUACUCCACAUUUCAAUAAAAAAAAAUGUAAAAUCCGACAAAAUUUUGAAUGCCAGAAAUUCAGCACAGAACACACAGCUGGCAAAUUUUCUGUAAAUUACAUACUGGUUCAAAUGAGUUAUUCAAUGAAUUUGGCAUUUAUUGAAAUAAACAUUUUUGUGACGAACAUGGGUACCUUCACGAGUUGGUGGUGGGAAACUUGUAUUUUAGUAUAAAAUUUACUUCUUAGAAUCUGUGUUUGAUCUCAAAAUUUAAAGAAUUUGGUUUAUUUGUUGAUCUAAAAUUUAAAGAAGAAACAGGUGGGUUUGCACAGUACUCAAAACUAAUACCCCUCCUCACCGGGCAAGGGAGAGAACAAUAGGAAAUAAACAAAAGAGGAUGAGAAUCACCAACUUGCUUGAAAAAACCUGGAAUCCCCCCUCCCCCAGAUGGGUUGUCAGUUUGUAGAAUCGACGGUGAGUAUACAAGGGCCCUGUUUUACGGGUUUACAGUUCGCUGCUGGAUGAGUGCAUACUUUGCCAGUUCCCGCUCUCCCUUAAGAAACGGCGACAUGACCUUGCCCGACUUCUACACCCUCAGAAAAAGUUUUUACAUUCUGAAAAGUUUAAACAACAAAGCACUGUUCACGAAAGAGUUUUUGUAAAUCAUAACAUACUCUCCCAGCAAAAAUUUGCAAAGAUUUUUCCCCCUUAAUAAAUUUAGUCCGAUGCAGAUUACUUUACACAUGCGUCUAAUUUUUAAAGCAGUAAGACCGAUCGAAAGAUAGGCGUGCGAAUAAUUGUUGUAUAUUUACUAGAAUUGUUGCACCCCUUUAAAGUCAUUAGUUGCACGCACACCCUCCGGAUCGGCCACUUAAUGUGUGGCAGAUGUGUUUUAUACGUACUGCUUGUGACAUCAAAAGUCUGGUCACGGUUUCCUGGAAUUUAUAAUCAUAACUACCAUUAUCUGUUUCAAAGAAAUGAAAUGUAAACUUUUAUUAUUGUUCAUUGAUUUAGUGUAUAAAAACAUGUGUGAGGUACUGCUACGUUGAUUAAUUUUACCUCAAAUUUUCAUUUUAUGGUGAAUUUUACAUGACAAACUUCCCAAAUAGUGUCACUGCGAUGUAAACUUGAUCCGUCCCAGUGACAGUAAGGGUGCAGCCUACUGGAGGCGUGGAAUGUAAAAUUAAUAUUCAUAAACUUCUGCUUGCAACAAAAGCCGUUUUAUACCGCUCGAGUAUCCAUCAGUGGGAGGUCCUUGCUUUGUACGCCGCGCAAUAUGUAAACAACUUCGAGUGACGUAAGUACCUUCAGUCUUGCUGAAGAUCUCUUCUCCCCGCUGAUCGAGAAAUGCGCAUGUUUGUUUGUUUGUUUUUAGUACAGAUUAAAGAAAAGGCGUUAUUCCCUCGAAAACCGGUCUCUGGUUGAUACAUGUACCAGUGUGAAGGUCUACUGUGAAAAUAACGACAGUUUAAGUAAACAAACAAAUGGGGGUUGUCAUUGGGUGUUAGAAUUCUUUUAGGGAGUGUUGUGUACAAGAAUAAACAUUCAGUACCCGGCACCAUUCACGGCUAUUUCCGAGUACGAGUCUACAGAAAGGGGACCUGAGAGAUUGACGGGGUCGAGUCUCUCUUCAGCUGUUGCCUAACAGCAAGUACAUCAUGUACUGGGACAGCAAAAGGCCACCGCUGGGAUUCGAACUCACCUUCUAAAGCCAACUGAGAGAUUAAUUAUUUCGCCAUUUCAUCGAUAUCACAGCUGCUUUUCACCCCACUACAAUAGCACAACACGUAGUAGCCCCGGUGGACUCCCUAACCGUACUACGUUACGGAGGGAAAUGAAGACAACUUCCAACCUGGGCUAACCACCAAGUCCAUGUAAACAUAACUGUCAACAUCAACCGGUCUCCCCGAAAGCUUUAUCUUGGUACAAGUACACAUACAGUACAUGUAACUGCACGCACAUCAAUAUUAUCGGAAGUCUACAUGUAUGAAUUCCUUCUUGGUUCAAUAUGUGAAUAACACAUCGUUUGGUGGGGUA